AUGUCAAGGCUUAGCGUCUUCAUCUGGAGGUGUCCAUGCGAGUGCUAUUGGGUCCAUUACAGUGGUGACUAUUUUGAAACUCAACUAGAGGUCGACAAAAACUACCGGAAGAAAAACAUCCAAGAAGGUGGUUUAGAAGAUUACACUGAGAAAGGAGAUAUUACCUUGGGAAUGGUCAACCCUGUGACUGUAACUUCUGUUCAGCCGGUGAUCACGUUCACCAACCACCCCCCUCCACGCCCAUGUGACUUGUUCAGGAGACCUCUUUACAAGUCAAUCCUUGCUUCACUUUUUGCUAUCAAAGAAGUCAACGAGAAUCCCGAUCUUCUGCCCAAUAUCACUCUGGGGUUUCAGAUGUUUGAUUCUUGCUUCUCAGAAGCGACUUCUCUUCAGGCAAUUUUCCAAUUGACUUCAGUUAGUGGGAACUACGCCCCGAAUUACAAGUGUGGAAACCGGUCUAUUGUACCGGCAGUCAUUGGAGAUAUUUCAAGCUCAUCGAUUGCAAUGGCAAGAGUGCUCGGUCUAUGGAAGAUACCGCAGGUCAGUUACUUAGCAUCCGUUCCAUCUUUGAGCAACAAAAUUGAGUUUCCGUCUUUUUUAAGGACCAUGCCAAGCAACACAAUUCAGCCUCAAGUUUUGAUUGAACUGUGUAAGACGUUUGGGUGGACCUGGGUGGGGUUCCUUACGUCUUCAGUAGAAUAUUGUGUACAACUUGCAGCAGCAUUCAAAAGAGAAGCAGCCAAGGAGGGGAUAUGUGUUGCUUUUUCUGAAACGGUCACAUCCGGCUCCGGUCAAAAUAAGAUGUCAGAGAUUCUAGUAAAUGUACAAAAGUCAACAGCAAAAGUGAUUAUUCUCUACUGUUUCCCUGUGGAGGUCGAAUCAAUAUUCACUGGUGUCUAUCAACAAAAUCUUACAGGGAAAAUGUGGAUAAGCAUAAAAACUUGGCAUACAACACCUUUGUCUCCAUAUUUGUUUUUUAGAAGGUUCCUCAAUGGGACCAUUGGAGUUGUAAGAAGUAGAAUUCCACCAAACUUCGUAAAGUUUCUCCAUUUCUUUCAUCCUUAUUCCUACCCCCGAAUGUUCUCCAUACAUCAGUUUUGGGAGAAAUUAUUCAACUGCAAGUGGAGUAUGGAUCACGGGAAUGGUAGUACCAUCUCAGGUGGUGAUCACUUCACUCAGACGUGCACCGGCUCAGAGAAGUUGGUGAUGGAGGAUGUAAUCGUGUACAACGACCCUUCAUCCCAAUCCGAGUAUAAUUCUCAUAACGCUGUCUAUGCCAUUGUUCAUGCCCUCCACCACCUACUGUCCUGUAAACCUGGAACGCCAUGUGCAGCAGGGAGAGCGCGGGCAUCCCCAGCGACAGGAUACCCACGAUCAGACAUCUUAUCCCUUAUGCUUUGGUGUGAGGCUAAGCUGCAAUACCUCAGCCUAUGGACAAGACAGCUUCUUCACUACUUAAAAAGAGUUCACUUUGUGAAUACCGCUGGAAAAGAAGUCUCCUUUAAUACCAAUGGAGAUAUUAAUGGCUACUUUAAUAUUCUAAAUUGGUGCCCGAAAGAGAACACUGGUCAAAUUGAGAAGGUUGGGUUCUUCGAUGACAAUCGUGAAGAGAAGCUGACCAUCAAUGAUACCAUGAUCUUCUGGGUGGGACAGGUUCCAUGCUCUGUCUGCAGUGACAAUUGUUCUCCAGGCUACUGGAAGGUGCCUCAAAGAGGACAACCCUUCUGUUGCUUUGACUGUAGGAAAUGUUCGGAAGGAAUGAUCUCCAACCAAACAAAUUCUCCAGAUUGUUCCAGUUGUCCAAAAGACCAAUGGCCAAACAAGCAAAGAACCAAAUGUGAUCCUAAAAUAAUUGAGUUCCUCUCCUAUGAAGAGCCUUUGGGUCAGAUAUUAGCCUCAUCUUGCAUCGUCUUCUCUUUAACCUCUAUGAUUGUCCUCUGUGUAUUCAUCAAGUCUCGGAAUACUGCGGUGGUGAAAGCCAACAACCGUAACCUCAGCUACGUCCUCUUGAUAUCCUUGGUAUUUUGCUUCCUUUGCUCCUUAUUGUUCAUCGGACACCCUGGCAGGCUGGCUUGCACCACGACCAUCAGACAAUCUCUCUUCGGAAUGACAUUCUCCUUAUGUAUUUCCUGCAUCUUGGCCAAAACCAUUAUAGUAGUCAUUGCUUUCAAAGCCACCAGACCUGGCAGUGGCCUGAGGUUAUGGGCUGGUUCCAGGACAGCUAUCUUGGUUGUUACCAGCACCACCUCUGUUCAUGCACUUAUUAUCAUGGUAUGGCUGGUUAAGUUUCCUCCAUCUCUCUUUCGUGAUUAUCAUGAAAUACCUGGGAGAAUCAUCCUAGAAUGUGAUGCAAGCUCGGUUUUAAUGUUUUACUGCACCAUAGGAUACUUGACCUUCUUGGCUUCGCUAAGUUUUGUUGUUGCCUUUUUGGCCAGGAACCUACCGGACAGCUUCAAUGAGGCCAAGAACAUUACCUUCAGCAUGUUGACCUUCCUUAGUGUCUGGUCGAGCUUUAUCCCCGCCUAUCUCAGCACAAAGGGCAAAUACAUUGUCGCUGUUGAGAUUUUUGCUAUAUUUUUGUCUAGCCUUGGACUUUUGUUCUGUAUUUUUGGCCCAAAAUGUUACAUAAUCCUCAUAAAACCAUCAAAGAUGACACGCGUACAUUUAAUUGCCAAGUUUAGUUAAUCUAUGGUUAAAAAAAAUUAUAAUGGAAUAGUAAUUAUUUUAUGUAGGUUUUAUGUACCUCUACCUGUCUAUC